GAGACAGGAAAUGUUUACCAGGCAGGGCAGUGCAGCCGCCUCCUCCCGCCGCAGCUCGGCACACUCCAGAUCGUUCACGGCAAUGGCACAGACGUGGGGACUGUGGUCAUGUUCCAGUGCUCUGCAGAGCACCAGCUGGAGGGACCAGGCAUCAUCACCUGCAUUUGGAAAGAGAACAGCACCCAAUGGACAGCUGGAGUGCCCUCCUGCAAGCCCAUAUCAAAAUACGAGACUUUUGGCUUUAGGGUCGCAGUGAUUGCUUCCAUCGUGAGCUGUGCUGUCAUUCUGCUGAUGUCCAUGGCUUUCCUAACUUGCUGUCUGAUCAAGUGUGUGAAGAAAAGUGAAAGGAGGAGGACUCAGAGAGAUAUGCAGCUCUGGUACCAGCUGAGGACUGAAGAACUAGAGCACAUGCAAGCUGCUUACUUUGGUUUUAAGGGAAGAAACAAUAACAACAACAAUAAGAAACUCAGGAAUAAAUCUGCAUUUGAUGAUGUGACUAACAUGGCAUAUGAUAACCAAGGCUUCUACAGGUUCCAGGAGGAGUGGUCUCGGGACACUGUAGCUCUUGGGUGUUGCAAAGACAGUGAUCACCUGCCAAAGCUGGGCAAGAGCAGCAGUGCACCUGGGACACAUGGUGUGCCAGGACACAACACUGCGCUGCAGACGGGGAAUGCAAUACACGUCGUGGAAGUCUAUGGACAUAAGGAUAAUUACAACAAAUCGAGCUGCCAGAUCCCUGGAUAG